CAACUCUUUCUUCUUCCCCUCUUUUUCAGAAAGAGAGAGAGAGCGAGAGCGAGAGAGAGAGAGAGCGAGAGGUCUCUACGCAUGGAAUCCCUCAUCGGCGCUAAGCCGGAUCUCGCCCUGCGACGUCCCGCUCCUCUAUCGAGGUUUUCGAAUCCGGUCUCCGGAACGGGAGUAUUCCCCGUCCCCCGCAGAUUCAUCGGCGGUUCCAAGCUGCGAGCUGUGCCGGAGAAGCAGUCGGAGAGUCGGUGCGAGGUCGAGGGAUCCGGUAGGACCUCUCCCUGGCUGUGGGAGAAGGCUGCUUCUGGUUUCGCCGCGGCGGCGGCGGCGGCCGCCGUUGUAUGCGCCUGCGGGUGCGACGCGCCGGCACUCGCCGAGUCUCUCACCGUAGCCUUUCCUGUUUCUCGAGCGCGCGAGGUGAACACGGUGCAGAGAACGUUGGUGGAGGCUUGGGGCUUGAUUCGUGAAACCUUCAUUGAUCCCACGUUUAACCAUCAAGAUUGGGACUUGAAGUUGCAACAAACUAUGGUCGAAAUGUUUCCGCUUAAGUCAGAAGAUGCAGCAUACAGUAAAAUCAGUGGAAUGCUUGCAACUCUUGGUGAUCCUUUUACUAGAAUUAUCAGCCCAAAGGAAUAUCAGAGUUUCAGAAUAGGAAGCGAUGGAAAUUUGCAAGGAGUUGGCCUAUUUAUAAAUGUUGAACCAAAAUCUGGAAACUUGGUUGUUUUGUCUUGCAUUGAUGGAAGCCCUGCUGACCGAGCUGGUAUUCAUGAAGGAGAUGAGCUAAUCGAGAUUGAUGGAGAGCAGGUCACCGGGUUAGAUAGUGAAGCAGCAGCUCGCAAGCUUCGAGGGCGUGUUGGUAGCACUGUCAGAGUGAAGCUUCUUACUGGAGAACAAAGUGGAAGUGAACUAAGAGAGGUACAAAUAUCUCGCGAGGUCAUUAAGCUUUCUCCCCUUUCUAGUACGAUCAUAAGACACAAAUCAAAUGAUGGCUACGAGUCAAAGAUCGGAUAUGUUAGGCUCUCCGCAUUCUCCCAGAAUGCUGCCACUGAAAUGGAGAAUGUUAUCCAACAAAUGGAAGAUGAAGGAGUACAGUCAUACAUACUAGACUUGCGGAACAACCCGGGGGGAUUGGUCAAAGCAGGAUUAGAUGUCGCACAAAUAUGGCUAGAUGGUGACGAAACUCUUGUAAACACAAUUGAUCGCGAAGGAAAUAUGUUGCCCAUCAAUAUGGUCGAUGGGCACGCUUUAACACACGACCCACUUGUGGUGCUUGUUAAUGAAGGGAGUGCGAGCGCAAGUGAAAUUCUCGCUGGAGCAUUACAUGAUAAUGGGCGUGCAGUUCUCGUCGGGCAUAGAACAUUUGGGAAAGGAAAAAUUCAGAGUGUGACUGAGCUGAACGACGGAUCAGCUCUUUUCAUCACGGUCGCCAAGUACUUGUCCCCAGCACUGCAUGACAUCGAUCAGGUCGGCAUAAAUCCUGAUGUGCAGUGCACGCCUGAUGCACUAACAUCCUCGUUAGCAUCUUUUUUGAGAGAUAACAAUACAGCCUCCACUCUGGAGUCCGAUUCUUGCAUCAUGGUAGCAGAACACGAACUUGAAGUCCAGAAACUGAAGGGGACUGCUUCAUGAGAGCGUCUGUUUACCAUCAGCAAAUGUAGCAAGCCACCGAGUGGUCUUAUAGUUGUGGCCUGUGGGCAAAAAUCAUACGGAUGCCCCCUCAUUUAUCGUUGAACGAGCAUCCAUCAUAUAUUUUAUAUCAAAAAUACUUCUUUUUUCAGCA